AUGAGAAUAGUCCACAACACACACCUUUCGCCUCGACAAGUUAAACACGGCCUAGCUGUCCUCAUUCAGCAGCAGCUUAUCUUCCACUAUACCGGUUUCGAGGACGGCGUUUCAUACUACCAAGCGAAUUGGCGGGCUGCAUACUUGCUGGUGCGGUCUGGAAGUAUCUUGCAAUUAACAAGGGAGCGGCUGGGGGAUUACGCUGCAAAAGUGGUGUCCACGAUUCUGUCCCUGGGACAUGUCAAAAUAAGCCAUCUCGAGAGCCUGCCGGAGCUCCAGCCAGCUCCUCUGCGCAAUGGAACCCAUGAACCCGACGGUGUAAACGGUGACCACUCGCUUGAAAAUGGAGACGAGGAAACUAUGGAGAAUGGUAUGGAAGAUGGUGUGAACGGAAACGCUGGGGCCUUUGAUAAUACAAAUGGAGAGGGAAAUUUUCGGCUCGGCUCUACACUUCGAGAGCUUGCUGCUUAUGGUUACAUAAUGCGAGUGAAGGAUGUCCAUUUUCAAUCACCAUCUGAUCUACGGGAAUCGGCUCGGAGAGCGGUAAAGGCCAGUGGUGAAACGGAAGGGCUAAAGGGGAAAAAGCUUGAAGAGAAAAUUGAGGAGAAGGCGGAAAUCAUGCUUCAGGAAUGGAUGGAUGGGACCGUUGCAUACGGCUUGAUUCCCCGAAAUAUCACCAGAGGAAUAAAAAGGCGAGCCGCAAAUGGGGCUUCGGAAGGCCCGCGCAAGCGGCCGAAGCUUGAUGAAGCAGUCGAAACCGACAACUAUGAUAUAUCAGAAGAUGAGGAUGAUGGUGAUAGUGAUAUAACAUUGGACAGUAAUAUGACUAUCCGGAUCAAUUAUGAGCAAUUCAAUGUUGCUCUCCGCAACCAAAGGCUAGUUAAGUUGGCUGAUCAGGCAACCUCGCAUGUGACUUCACAAGUAUAUGAAAUACUACUGUCUCGGAUUGAACUUAAGACUCGGAAGUGCCGCCAGCAGGAUGAGCCUGUUCUAGAAGGAGAAGAAGGGCAACAUUACUCUGUUCCGAUUCCAUUACAUACCAUAGUUGAUGAUCUCGACCCCAACCUGGAUCUCCUUAGCAGUGUUGCCGGUAUAUCUGCGGCAAAACCUAAGCAGAAUGGUCUGGAAAAUGGCCAUGGCGAGGAUGAUGAGGAUGAAGAUGAAGACGAUUUUGAUGAAGAGGACGGUGAAGGGAAUGCGCAAUCGAAGGCUCAAAGCCGUGUUUUCCAAGUCGCACAGCAUCUUUCUCUACUCGCUUCAGAGCCCUACCAUUUUUCUACGCGGAGGAUGGACUCAGGGAUCAUCACAUGGGCUGUGGAGUUCAGGCACCUUGCUCGAAAGCUACGGCAUCUUGAAAUCGAACGGCUCGUUGAAUCUCGGUACGGCAGUGUUGCUGUACGGGUCCUCCGCGUUCUUGCAGAUAAGGGGAGAUUAGAUGAGAAACGCUUGCAAGAAAUAAGCUUGAUGCCCUCCAAGGAUUUACGGCAGAUACUGGCACGGCUGCAAUCUGGCGGGUUUAUCGACCUGCAAGAAGUUCCUCGGGAUGCCCAACGGCAGCCCUCCCGAACAAUAUACCUAUGGUUCUAUGAUGCUGACCGAGUGGUCAUGAUGCUUAUCGAAGAUACAUACAAGAGUAUGGCCAGAUGCCUGCAACGCCUGGCCUAUGAACGAAGCAAACUAAAACCACUGAUUGAAAAAGCUGAACGAUCUGAUGUGAAGCGUAACAUGGAGCGAUAUCUCUCUGCCUCUGAUAUGGCUGCACUACAGGAAUGGGAAGCAAAGGAAACCUUGCUUCUAGGCGAAGUUGCAAGGCUGGAUGAACUUGUCGCCGUCUUGAGGGACUAUUAG